AUGUCUGCGGACGAUGCGCAGGACGCCGCAGACGAAGUGCCUGUGGAAUGGGUUUUCGAGGCCCACGACGAUGCUGACGAGGAGGUGCUGUCGCCACCCGCCUCGGGCGCAUCCAAAAGCUGGCUGAGCUGGCUGCAGGGUACGCCUGCCCCAAAGGGGCGCCAGUAUUCGAGGGAGUCGGAUGCCUCCGCGGGCUCCUUGCCCCAGGAGUCAGAGCCCUCGCGAGACGAGCAGCCGGCAACCCCAGCACCACCGGCAGCAUCAGCGGCCGCCAAAAGCAGCGGGUACAGUGGCAUCCUGGGAUGGAUGACAGGGCAGGCGUUUAUGGAUGAGCCAGAUGGCCCCCUUCCGCCCCCACUGCCCUCGCGGCUAGACCCUGAGGAUGAGGAGAGCGUUAGGCACUCAUCACCUUCAGCUCAGCCGCGCUCGGUGGUGGAAAUAGACAUCCCUGGGGGGAUGUUCCACGAAGAUGAGGUCAUCGGAGAGCGAAACGUCUACAGAACGACCUCCACAGCGACCAAUGGCCCACCGGCAUCAUCUUCAGCAGCCGUCGUGAGGGCGGCGCCAAGACACAGCGAGGACGCCAGUCGACCGCCGAAGCUGCCGGACAGACAGGUGUCUUUCGAUCUUGGGCCACCGGACCGGAAGGACACGGAUCCAGGCAACUGUCUUGCAAAGAUGCAGCAAACUCCGAGCAGCGUGAUCGGCUAG